GUGGAGGAGAGGUAUGCGGGUUCUGGCACUCUGCUCUCUCCUUCUCUGGCUCCCCUCAGACCGGAGUACAGCUGAGAUGUCCAGGGUAAAGGAGGAUGAAGAUUACUGGAAUGCUUCCAAGUGUAAGGCGUUCACCUUUGAUGACCACGAUGAGGAUGGAUUGUCUCAGCUGAAAGAAUCGAAGCGCGCUGUCAACAGUCUGAAAGCCUUUGUGGAGGAAGAUGAUGAGGAUUGGGAGAGAUUCACCUGGAGUGGAGAGCCGGUGGGGAGUAUAUCAUGGUCUAUUAAAGAAACCUCAUCAGGUAACCGGGGGAGGGACACAAAGAGUCCAGGAACUGAGAAACCUCGUUCAGAGUCGUCCUCUUACUCCUUCCCCAAACCAGUGUCCUCCUAUUCUCUUGGCAGCCUCUUUAAAGGAAAGACCCGGCAGAGUAGUUUCCAGUCGCUGUCUGAUGAUGUUCUAGAGACAAACAAUAGACAUUAUGCCCCAGAGUUGCGGAAACCAAGAUCUGAAUACCAGGAUUAUAACGGGGAGUGGAGCAUUGAGGAUUCCGUUCGCAGGAUGAGCAAAGGCAAGGUCUGCUCCCUGGAGAGGUUCCGCUCUUUGAAGGAGAAGCUACAACUUCUGGAUGAAGCCGUCCGACUUCAUGAUGGGAAUGUCAUCACAGCUGUUUUAAUAUUCCUGAAAAAGACCUUACAUUCAGAGAUUCUAUUCCGGGAGCUGAAGGAGAGACAAGAGGCACUACAACAUUUUAUUCAUUUCCUGAAGGAGACUGAAGACCAGCAGCUGCUCUUGGAGCUCCUCAGGUACCUGGAAUGGACGGAAGAGCUAGCACUUUGUAAAUAUCGGGAACACUUGAACAUUGUGGAUGCCGAGCAGCGUAGAGACUUCCUAAAGAGUAAAUGUCUCAGCCUGCCCUUCUGCCAGGACGAUGCAGCCCUUGUACAGGACCAUUAUACCCUACUGGAAAGACAGAUCAUCAUUGAGGUCAAUGAUAAACACUUGGAGUCCUCAGGACAGGACAUCUUCCGUAGGCACCCCAGGAAGGCCUCUCUGCUCUUCAUGCCGCUGGUCACCACCCUGUUCUACUCCUGUAUCUACCACUACACAGAAAGUGAGGGAACCUUCAGCAGUCCUACUAAUCUCCGGAAGACCUUUAAGAUCCCAGAGAAGCUGUACAUUCUCACAGCACUGGCCGCCCGUGCGAAGCUGCGAGCGUGGAAUGAUGUUGAUGCUCUUUUCACCACUAAGACCUGGCUGGGUUACACCAAGAAGAGAGCGCCGGUUGGCUUUCAUCGGGUGGUGGAGAUUUUACACAAGAAUGGGGCCCCUGUACAGAUCCUGCAGGAAUACAUCCGGCUGGUGGAGGAUGUGGAAACCAAAAUAUCACUAGGGACAAAGUACAAGUGCCAUGACGUUGUGAUCGAUACAUACAAAGACUUGAAGGACCGCCAGCAAUUGAUGGUUUAUCGCUGCAAGGUGGAUCGCGGAUCUCCAGAGGAGGACAAAAUCGACAUGAUUCUCAACAACACACAAAUCCGCUGGAAGAAUUGA